GCAUUAUAAAGUCAUGAAAUUAUUUAAUAAGAAACUCUGAUAGGUUAUAUGAUAAACAAUACUGUUUAUGCUCUACAUAAUUUAUGUUUGUAUUUCAAAUUUUAUUUAAUUAUUUUAUCACCAAGAUCGGAAAUCACGACGUAAAUAUGAUUUCGGACAGCUGCGAACAAAACAGGAUUUGGAAAAAUGUUAGAAUAAACGACGAGGCUCAUAUGAUUUGCUUCACGAAGAAGAAUGAAUCGUGGAAAGUUCUUUUAACGAAUUUGAAAGAAAUUUGGAUGGAGACUCUGACAGAUGAAAUUAUGUUUCACAAAUUCCAGACCGUGAAUCCUCUUUUAAAUCUUGAGGCUGUUGAUUGGAAGCAACUGGUAAUAGAUAUGUUAAAUGAUAUUCCUCAACAUAUACAUACAUAUAUUUUAGAACUUUCUACAUAUCGAAUAGAGCUGCGAAAGGACCAUGAUUUUGUAAAAUUGAGAUUCUCAUUAGAUCUUCUCAAAGAAACACCACAACAGUUUUGGGAAAAUGUGACUAUGCCUCUUUGCUUGUCAUCAAUGAAACUGGUUCGCCAGUAUGAGAUUCUACUGGAUUUAGUGAAACGAAAAGAUGAGGAAAUCACAGAAUAUAAAGCAGAAGGUGCAGAGUUAAUUAGGAAAUAUAUUGCUACAAAACCAUUCAGCGAAGAAUUGUUUCACAUUGAUGCUACUGCACCAACUGCAACUGAUUUUGUACAAGCUUUCCAAUCUAUGUUCCAUUUUUAUAAUAAAAUAAAUUUGCCAACACCACAUACAAAGAUAGAAUCUACAAUAUCUUUGAACAGCAUAAGUGAUAAUUCUCCAAAGAUUGAUGAAAAUAUUUUUCAUGAUUCUAAAGAUAAAUCUGUACACAAGCUAAAUCAAGACAAGUUAGAUGAACAAGUUCAUUCAGAUAUCAAGGAAUGUGAACAAGAAGCAGGUUCCUCCAAAACACAAGUUUUAAAAAUAAGCAGCACAUCUCACAGGAUACAUAAACUAAAAAAGAAUAAAAAAACCUUGAACGAUUUCAUAUCAUAAUAAAAUAUUAUAGCUGCAGGUUAUCAAUUAUUAGGAUUCAUGAAUUUAUAAA